AUGUCACGUGAGAUAGUCUUUAGUUAUGUUAAAGCAUAUAACAUACCUGUAUCGAUUAUUGGCUUUUUGAUGUCUUUUAGCGCUUUAUUUGGUCUUUACGUUAUGUACCGAAAUGAAACAGCCAGACUUUUGAAAAUUUAUUCAAUUAUAGCUUACAUCAUUGUAGCAACAUUAACUAUUUUAGAAAUUGUUAAUAUUGCUAUUUACUUUGGUUACAAAGAUGAAUUUGAAUCAAAAUGUUAUGAGAUUAUAGUUGAAGAUUAUCCUUAUAAAUCACAAGAUGCAACGUCUGAAUGUCAAGAGGCUUAUUCUUAUUCUGUAAUAAUUGGAACGAUUUCUGCUAUUGCUUAUGUUUUGGCUUCUAUUUAUUUUGCAAUGGUAAUACAAUCUUAUGCCGAUAUUAGAAGAAACUACUAUUUACGCGAUACUUUUGAAUCUGGUGGAUCUUCUUCAAAGGGAAAUAUUAAUAUUAAUAUUAAUCAGUAA